GCUACUGAUUGUUGCAGUGCCUACAAAUGCUCCAUGGCUAAGAAGAGAAAAGCCGAAGAACUGAUAUCAGGCAUUCCCGUCAACAAAAGGAAGUCCCUGUUAAUGAAACCCCGACACUACAGCCCCAGCUUGGAAUGCAAAGAAGAAAAUGAAGACAGGACUGAUUUACAGGAAGAGAUCAGUGUCCUUGAAAGCAGCUCAACUCCAGAAGAAAGUGCUCCAAAAUCAUCUGAGGAAACCCCUCCUUCGGGUGAGCAAGAAAAUUCCAGUCAAAGAAAAGAUAACUACUCCAGCUAUCAAGAUUCCAUGGCCAAAUCUUUGAUGAACAUGGGAAAAUUAGCAAAGGAUGCACCCAGUCAAAGAGUGGGAGAAAAUCUAAAUGAUAGUGGCAUUCAAUCCUUAAAAACAGAAAGUGAUGACACUGAUGAAUGUUACAUGAUUAACUCAGCUGAAGGAAAGGAAAAGACUGUCAUUUCUGACCCAAAAUACUGUUCAUCUGAGGAAAAUGAAAGUAACUCUGAAAUUAUGGACAAUGAGUGGGACAGCUCCUCGAAUUUCUCAGAAGAAAAUAGUGUAAAGCUCCAUGUAUCUCAGAAGUAUAUUGUAGAGUGUAAUCAACCUAGCAUCCUGGAAGUCCCAGAAAUUAAGAAGGAAGAGGUAGAAUUUGGCCUUUGUGAAACACUUUGUGACUCAGAAACAGAGCUAAGAACAUCCCAGGAGUCUCAUCCACAUCCUUUUGAGAACAGAAUUCAGAAUCCCUUCCCUGAAAGUGAAGAAGAUGACAACGAGUGCCUGUCAGAAACCACAGAUGUGUCGGUUGAGUUGGACAAAACAAAAGGGAACUUGAGUUUGCUAGAACAAGCAAUUGCUCUGCAGGCAGAGCAAGGGCAUGUGUUUCACAGCACCUACAAGGAACUGGAUAGGUUUCUUCUGGAGCAUCUAGCAGGGGAAAGGAGACAAACCAAAGUUAUUGACAUUGGUGGGAGACAGAUAUACAGCAACAAACAUUCACCCAGGCCUGAAAAGAGAGAAACCAAAUGUCCCAUCCCAGGAUGUGAUGGCACAGGGCACGUGACUGGGCUGUACCCUCACCACCGCAGUCUCUCAGGCUGUCCACAUAAAGUUAGAGUGCCACUAGAAAUUCUUGCCAUGCACGAAAAUGUUUUGAAGUGCCCCACCCCAGGAUGCACUGGAAGAGGACAUGUUAACAGCAAUCGCAACACACACAGAAGCCUUUCUGGUUGUCCAAUCGCUGCAGCUGAAAAAUUGGCAUUGUCACAGGAAAAGAGCCAGCUCGAUUCUCCAAAAGCUGGGCAGUGCCACGAUCAGACUCACAGGACAAAUUUAACAAAGCAGCCUGAGGUAUCUCAGUACAAUUACAGAACUUCACAGCCAGUCACCUCCUCCAGAGCCACUCUGGUGAAAGAACAGGAGAAAUUUGGGAAAGUACCAUUUGAUUAUGCCAGCUUUGAUGCACAAGUCUUCGGCAAACGCACAACAGCACCUGCUGCACAAGGACGAAAAACACCCCAGUUCCUUGAAUCAAAGCAUUUUUCAAAUCCAGUGAAAUUUUCUAAUCGACUGCCUAGUGCUAGCGCCCACACACAGAGCCCUUGCCAUGCCAACUCUUAUAGCUACGGUCAAUGUAGUGAAGACACCCACAUAGCAGCAGCUGCUGCUAUCCUGAACCUUUCCACCCGCUGCAGGGAAGCAGCAGAGAUCCUCUCCAACAAACCACAGAGUCUGUCUGCCAAGGGAGCUGAGAUUGAAGUGGAUGAAAAUGGCACUCUGGAUUUGAGCAUGAAAAAGAACCGAAGCCAAGACAAAGUUAUGCCUCUCACUUCUUCCAGCACAGCUCUUCCCACUCCUUCCUCUUCUCCUUUCAAAACAAGCAGCAUCCUGGUAAAUGCAGCCUUCUACCAGGCUCUUUGUGAACAGGAAGGCUGGGAUACACCAAUCAACUACAGCAAGACCCAUGGCAGGAAAGAAGAAGAAAAAGAGAAAGAUCCAGUGAGCUCUCCAGAAAACAUGGAAGAAAAGAAGUAUCCAGGAGAUGUCUCCAUACCAAGUCCUAAACCCAAGCUCCAUUCAAGAGAUCUCAAAAAGGAACUCAUCACCUGUCCAACUCCAGGAUGUGAUGGUAGCGGUCAUGUAACAGGAAACUAUGCUUCACACCGCAGUGUUUCUGGAUGCCCAUUAGCUGACAAGACAUUAAAAUCCCUUAUGGCUGCUAACUCGCAGGAGCUUAAGUGCCCAACACCUGGCUGUGAUGGCUCUGGCCAUGUGACAGGGAACUAUGCAUCCCACAGAAGCUUAUCUGGUUGUCCUCGUGCCAGGAAAGGAGGUAUCAAAGUGACUCCUACCAAGGAAGAAAAAGAAGACCCUGAACUUAAAUGUCCAGUGAUAGGCUGUGAUGGCCAAGGUCACAUAUCAGGUAAAUACACUUCUCAUCGCACUGCUUCUGGUUGUCCUUUGGCUGCCAAGAGACAGAAGGAGAGUCCUGUCAAUGGGUCUUCACUAUCCUGGAAACUGAACAAACAAGAGCUGCCACACUGUCCUUUGCCAGGCUGCAACGGGCUGGGUCAUGUUAAUAAUGUUUUUGUCACCCACAGAAGCCUGUCUGGUUGUCCUCUGAAUGCACAAACCAUAAAAAAGGGCAAAAUUUCGGAAGAAUUAAUGACUAUCAAGCUUAAAGCAAGUGGCGGUAUUGAGAGUGAUGAAGAAAUUAGACACUUGGACGAGGAAAUAAAAGAACUGAAUGAAUCUAAUCUUAAAAUCGAAGCUGACAUGAUGAAACUUCAAACCCAGAUCACAUCUAUGGAGAGCAAUUUGAAAACAAUAGAAGAAGAGAACAAACUCAUAGAGCAGAACAACGAGAGCCUGUUGAAGGAGUUAGCUGGCCUUAGCCAAGCUCUCAUCUCCAGCCUCGCUGACAUUCAGCUUCCACAGAUGGGGCCAAUCAGUGAGCAGAAUUUCGAAGCAUAUGUAAAUACACUCACAGACAUGUACAGCAAUCUGGAACGGGACUAUUCCCCCGAAUGCAAAGCUCUGCUGGAAAGUAUCAAACAGGCAGUGAAGGGCAUCCAUGUGUAGGAUGUGAAAGCUGCUGGGCAACAGAAAUUACUUAACAGCAGUAAACUCCAGAUGGAUCUGUUAGGAGUUCAUGUACUGCUAAGGGGUGUAGGUUGCCAUGCUGCAUUUACAAUUGCAACAUUGCACUAAUUUUUUCCCAGCUGACAUAAAAAAAUAAAAGAAAAGAAUAAAAACACAACAGACUAUUUGUAUUAACAGCAAUGCACUCUGUUAGUAUAUUAUAUUUAUUUCAGUAUGAUUCCUUUUUUUUUCUUCUUUUGCACUCAGUUUUUUGUAAAGUGAAUGUAAAAAGUGUGUGCGAC